AUGUCAGCUCUGGAAUACUGUGAAGCGUUCGCCACACGUGGGAAGUCUUCAUGGAAAAAUGUUCACAGAUGUAAAUUAUGCCCCUAUUUUACAACCGCUGUUUUCCUUAUGAUCAACCACGUCAGACGACACCGUUUCCCUCAGGAAAAAUUUACUUGCGACAACGCCAAAAUUGAAGCUUAUUUUUGUAAAAAUUGCGAUUUUAAGACGGAACUAACAGUUUUGUUCAAAGAACACAUUAUUAAAUAUCAUGGGCUUAAGAAGGAAUCUAGAGACGAUUUAUUAAGUGAGGACUUCAGCAUACAAACCUAUGUUUGCGAAAAAUGCGACUUUGAAACAAAUUUCUCGUUAAAGUGGAUUCAGCAUAUUUCAGCGUGCACGAAAAAGAAAGAAAAUCCUCAAAGUGUGACUUCUCCGUCACAGAAUGACACAUACAGUUUCAAUUUCAAGCGAACUGACGAAACAAGUUGGUACUACUGUGUGCAAUGUUCCUACAAAGCUAAACUCAAAGAUGAACAAGAUGUCGAAUGGCACAAGUGCAACAAGUGUGUAUUCAAGGCCAAAGCAAAAAGUAAUUUAACGAACCAUGUAAAAAGACGUCACUUGAACGAUGAAGACGUUAGAUGGUAUAAAUGCAAUGAAUGUCUUUUUAAAACUAAAGCUAAAGGUGAUCUAAAGAAACACGCAAUUAGAAAACAUCUAGACGAAGAAAAAAUUAACUGGCACGAAUGUAAACAAUGCCCAUUUAAAACUAAAGUGGCGUCUGAUUUAAAAAGUCAUAUGGUUUUUAGACAUUUGGAUGAAGAAAACGUUAAAUGGUAUCAAUGUGUUCAUUGUCCAUUUAAGACGAAAUCCAAUGCUACUUUAAAAUGCCAUAUAAAUCACCGCCAUUUGGAUGAAACUGAAAUUAAAAUAUACAAAUGCGAUGAGUGUUCUUUCAAAACGAAAUAUGAACAUCAUCUAAAGAAACAUGCAACUACAAAACAUCUAGACGAAGAAAAAAUUAAUUGGCACGAAUGUGAACAAUGCCCAUUUAAAACUAAAUAUGCGUGGAAUUUAAAAAGUCAUAUGAUUUUUAGACAUUUGGAUGAAGAAAACGUUAAGUGGUAUCAAUGUGUUUAUUGUCCAUUUAAGGCGAAAUUAAAUGGCAUUUUAAAGUGCCAUAUAAAUUACCGCCAUUUGGAUGAAACUGAAGCUAAAUGGUACAAAUGCGAAGACUGUCCUUACAAAAGAUCUAAAUAUCUUGGGUCUCUCGAGGAACACAGAGGGUGUGUUAGUUAUAUGAGGCCCGUGGAACGAAAACACGAACAAACAGUUAACACAUUUAUUAUACAAACACAAGCAAAUACGAGUAUACAUUACAGUGAACUUAGACACACGCGCGCGGACCACCGACCAGCCAUUUGUGUGACGUUCGUCUUCGUCAUGGCUACGUCAUCGCUGGCGCAGUCGCGCAGACUACCGCCGAACACGCACUCCAUCUAUGUUUCCUAA